ACUCCAUUUCUGCGAGUACAGAAAGAUGGCGUUUUGGUGCAGAAUCGGAAAAUCCAAGCUUAAGCAACUCUCCCACCAAUUCAAGACCAUUCCCCAUGGUUCCUUGCUCAACCCAACGUUUUCACAUUCCAAAGCACGUCUCUCGCAGAAUCCCGAUUUCUUCAUUCAUAGUAAACCCACUGAUUUCUGCUCAAACGUCAGAUUUUUCGCUGCUCCAGUUCAGUUUCAGAAGCAAAAGAAGGAAGAUAAGGAGACGAGCGGACCUCGAAUAAAUGAGAAAAUCACAGCUGAUGUUGUUAGGCUUGUGAUGGACAAUGAGCAUACAAUUGUUUCAAGGCGUGAAGCUCUGGCACGUGCAAGGCAACUCAAUCUUGAUUUAGUUGAGGUCUCAGGGAAGGCUAAUCCGCCCGUCUGUAAAAUAAUGGACUUCAAUAAAGAGAUGUACCAGAAAGAAGUACGGGACAAGGAGCGUGCUAAAGCCAAGGCCGACUCAACUUUGCGAGUAGGAACUCCUAAAGAAGUUAGGUUUAGUGGGAAAACUGAACAAAAGGACCUUCAGAUGAAAGCAGACAAGGUGAUGGCAUUGAUGGUGGACGGUUAUAAAGUGAAGUGUACUGCUAAGGGUACUGCAGACCAUGAUGUAUUGGCAACACUAUCUCGCCUCUGUGCCUUGAUUCAAGAUGUAGCUGUUGUUGAGAGUGGACCUACGUUAGGGAUAGAUAGUGCCUUUCUGAUAGUUAGGCACAUUAAGUUCGGCGCAUUAAAGAAAGGUGGUGGCAAAAUAAAGGAUCUGGCAGAUGCAAACCCUGAGGUUCUUAAGGCAAUCUCCACUACGGCAGCUGCUGCAGAACCUAGCUUGGAAACCGAUGGAGGGAGUUCUUUUGAUGAAGUUAACCAAGCUAGUCCCUCUGAUUCAGAUAUUUGUGGUUCGGACAAACUGGAGACUUCUGAUAGGACUGAAAAUAGGUAUAAAAAAGGCGGGACAAGAAAUAAUUCUCCACCAAGUAAAGGCAUGGAUCACCCAGGUAAAAGAGACUCAACCUGGUCGGAACCCCAUUACUCAAAUCAAGGAAGGCAAUCCCCAAGAGACGUGAAGUUCUCACAGCGAACGAGGGAAAGUGACGAAGCUGCAAUCGAUGCUCCUCCAUUUAGAAACUAUAGGCCUCCACUAAAUGAUGCACCCAGGCGAGAACCAUUUAGUCCCGGUGCUCCCAGUACCCCAAGACCUCAUUAUAGCAAUUUUAAUGGUUCCACAGCUAAUGCUCCUGGAAAACAUGGCGUGGAAGCAGGAGUUGGUGAGAACAAGGAACAAAAUCGUUACGCUGCGAGGCGUCCUGCCACAAGAGGUGACCUCGCUGCAAAUCAGAACUUGCCCAGUUCGAGAUCUGAUGGAAGCCAGCCAGCCAAUGGUAGGAGUAGACAGAGGGGAUUCGGGAUCUUCAGUAGAGACUAGACAGUCCAAUGUGCCUGGGAUGAAAAAGUAAACUUAAUCGGAAUAUAUUGAACGACUUUGUAACGGCUAAUUUAUAAAUGUGGAUACCCUACGGUGCUAAUGAUUCUAGUCAGGGUGUUUUACAGACGAGAUCCCAGUCAUAUUUUUGUUCGUUUCAGAUAUGUAUUGCCUCAAUUUUGACAGGCUGCAGAGAAUUUUAUUGUCUGUUUGAUUCUUUGUAGGCAGUCAUGCAUUAUGAUUGGGUCCUGUCAAUUCGGAACCAAUAUUCAUGUUGAUAUUUUUCAUAAAAGACAUCCACGUUGAUUUAUUAAUUUAUUAU